GCGGUUUUUUCUGGGUGGAGUUUCAGUGAAGAGACGAUAUCUGGUGUCAACUGUCUCGGGGAGAUACCGACUGAAGAAAUGUAUUCCACUUCCUCGGCAGUUGCCAUCUUGAUUCUUUGCCAUGUCCACCAGGCGUCGGCACAACCAAGGAUCGUGUUCAUUGUACCUCCUCUAAUGGUGUUUGUGUUCGUAAGUAUGGUGACGUUAAUGCUCACCAUCACCUGCUGUUUUAUAUGGAGGCAAAGACGUGCUCAACGGGCUGCAGGGGUGCCCACUUCAAUAUUCCCCACCACCCAUGCCACUGCAAGUGGUGCAAACUUUGCCACAGUGCAGCAGACGUCACCAGUCAUUUUGUCUGCUCCUGCAGGAGAGACACCCACAGGCAGUGCCUACCCUCAGCAGCCAAGUGGCAGUGAUUACCAGCCAUUUCAAGAACCCCGGGAAGUGAAGAAAGGAGAUGCCACUUUAGCUGACUUCACAUUUUGAUGACGUCGUCCAGUAACGAACCAUAACGGUCUAGAAUUAUUCCACCUGCAUCACAGAGUAGUUUGCCAAACUAUAAAAAGUUUUUGUACAAGUUGCACUCAAUAAACUACUUGGUGAGGUAGCUUACCCAUGUAUAUAGUGAUUAUUGUGAAAUAUUAUGUCUGUGUAUCAUUGUAGCUAUAUAUGAUAUACCCCCCUUUCAGUUGAGACAAUUAUAUGCCUUUCAUCACGUGUAGCUCCCCUCUCUGCAUGCGGCCGGUAGCUAAUGUAUAUUAUACUCUUGUAUACAAACAUCUGAUUCAGCUGCGGUGUAUGUAGCUAAUGGAGUUGGGGUUGUC